GAUGGUGGUGGGUAGGGAGAAGAUGGUGGAGCUCUAUCAGCACUGUGAUGGUGCUGGAGGUUUCAAUGAUGAAAAUGAUGAAGAAGCUGGGAUGGUGGACUCUAUCUGGGGUGGUAGAGCUCUAUCAGCACCGUGAUGGCACUAGAAAUGACAUGACAAUAACAGUGAUGCAUGGUAGGGUAUGGAAGGCUGAGCUCUUUUAUCACCAUAUGGUACUGUAGGUAACAGUGAUGGCAAUGGCAGCAGUGAUGGAAAACAUGGGGACAGUUAAACUUUAUCAAUAUUGCAGUGCUAGAGGUGUCUAGGGAUAACAAUGACUGUGAUAGCAAGGUUGUGUGGAUGAUGGAGCUCUAUCAGUACUGCAAUGGUUCCAGAGGUGACAGUGAUGACAGUGAUGGAGAGAGUGGGAACAGUUGAGGCCUGUCAGUACCAUGGUGAUGCUGGAGGCUACAACAGGGAUGGAGCAGGUGGAGAUGGUGAUACUACCCAUGGGUCCUGUGACAUGAGAUCUAGCAUGCACUUUGACUCUAUCACAAAGUUCUAUGCAAUUCUAACUCCUACUGCCACCAUCUCCUCUGAGGUAAGGGAGGUUGGUGACCACAUGGAGGCAUAUGCACCUAGAGCUCAUGGGAAGGGCAAUAAUAGUGGGAGGAGGGAAUCCUGCACUGAGCUGAGCUGGAAAUGACUCACCUUCACUUCCUUCCUAGAUUGCCACUGACACUUAUGCCAGCUGGUCAGGAAGGUAUCAGAUGCCUUAGGUGGCUGUCACCAGCACCUGCUGCCUGGAUCCUAAUCAGAAAGAUGGUGUCAUCAGACCUGCAAAUAAAAUAUUUAGUGGCACCUGCUUUACCCAGAAGCAAGUGUGAACUCUACUUGGUAUCACAAUAUCCAUGGGGAAGAUGUUGGGGAAGUUCUGUGGGUGACUCAGAAUUCUAGGACAGUAUAUACCUGAUGGAGAACUGGGGAAGGGAGAAGAAAACUGGUAGAAGAAAAAAGUUCCAGAAUAUGACAGCUGACUUCAUGAACUAGACACAGAGAGAUACUGUGAUGCAAAGAGGGGCAUUUUAUUAAAAGAAAACUCUUGUUUGGCACUAGCAGAGAAAGUACUAACUGUACAGUGUCACAGGCUUCCGCCAAACUGAGGAUGGAAUAUCUGUUCUGAGACUGAUCAUAUGGUAGAGGAAAGCAAGAAGCUGGAAAUAUCAUUGGUAAUAAAGGUUAUGGCCUCCUGAGCACAUGGUUGAUGCUGUGCUGAGGGAUUGUGGCAGUGAUGCAAAUCCUGCAUGGCAGGUCCCAGGACUAAGCCCAUUUCAGGUAGAUGGAGAGAGAGCAUCCCAGAGUGACUUGGUGCUCUGACCAGGUGCACACAGCUGAAGCUCUGCUUAAAACCAAAUAUCUGAGUCCUUCAUCCCAGCAUUUAAGCAUACCACACUCUGCUUUUCACAGGCACAAAGGUAGCUGCACUCCUUACCGUGAGUUCACCUGGGUGGCCUGACCUUUGACCACUGAACCCGCUUUAGAGCAUAUCUUGGUUCCAUCCAUCUUGGCAUAUAAAUCUGUGGCCCUCAAGAUAUCAAACCUUUCCAUCCCUUACCACAGGAGACAGUGUCUCCUCUGGACCCCAGUAUCCAGUAGCAGCUGCUGGGGUGAGUAGCCUCUGGGUCUGGGGAUGAAUUUCCUGACUAGUCACCAGGAACAUGCAGUUGGAGGGGUACAAAGAAAACAGGCCUGCUUCAGAGAUGUACUGGAAAAGCCUGUCAGCUACAUAGGCAGUAUAGAAGGAACUCUGUGUCUAUUUAACCCAGACUCUAGGAACUGAAGGAGAUGGACCUCAAGGCAUCAUUUCAUCCAGAAGGAGGAAUUUACAGACUGGCUAAUUAUGACAGCUCAGGAAACAGACUCAGGAAAAUGCUAGACCACUAUGCCCACCAUAAAAUUUGUGAGUGACAGACAUUGGACCAGUAUUCCUGAAUUCUCUGUACUUCUUUCUGCUCUGUGACCUCAGGCCUUCUAAUUAUUAGCCCAGUUUUUCCACUCAGAAUCCAGCUUUCAGCAGCCUCUCUGAUGUCUUCAGAGAGGCUGUGUUGAGACUUGUGCAAUAAUAUGACAGAGAAAAUUAGCCUGGGUCUGUUCUUUUUCCCUAUUGCUAACCUUCCAAGUAAGCUCUGCCACGGGGCCAGGGGGAUCAACACUCCCCACAUAAUGCCCAUCCGUGGGAAAGAAAAACAUAAGCAAGAAGAAAAGUCAGGGAUUCCAAUGCCAUUUCCCAUCAGAGGCCUUUGUGAUAUCGUAACAGGUAUCAGUGGUGAGGCUAAGAAGUUCCCCUGCAAUACCACACUGACUUCCAUGACAGCCAGAGAGCUAGGGACUCGAUCAGGCUAACGUCCCAGAUUUGUUCCUCAAGCCACUUACUACUGAACUAUGUCAUGGAGGAGGGAAGUGAGAUGGCUGACUGUGUCUUCAGAUGCUAGUCUCUACUCUCUGGACUCCUCCUGGUGUGCAUGGGUCAGGCAUGUAUGAUGUGUGAAGUGGGAAGGCAGGAGCAUGCAGUGCCACUGUGCUUCAGAGAGCACUUCUAUCCUGCAAGCUCCUAUACUUGCAAUGGUGACAGGCAGCCUCAUCUGCAAAGCUCGUCUUGAAUGGACUAUCUGUUCUCAUGCUGCAUCCUCCAUCUUAAGCCGCUUGUGGCCCCAGGGGAGCCCACCUGUGGCCCAUAUUCUAGAGAAGACCAUGCAGUGUGGCCUCCUGCAAUUCCCCAUUUAGCUGGAGAGUUUGAGGAUUCUGUUAUUUCCUUUCUGCAGCUCCUCUUGAGGAAUUCACGUCCUGCUACCGGCCUCAGGACAUAGCUAAAAAUAACUUGCUUUUCAAACUGAAAUCUGGGCGAGUUGGGAGCCUUUGCUUGUGAGGCCGGAAGGGCUGUGUUAGAGUAGCUAAGCUCAGCCCCAGCCUUGCGCUGCCCUUCCUCUUUCCAAGGAAGCCUGGGACCUCAUGAAUCACCUCCAGAACACCCACCAGAAUCCCCCUGGAGAAACGGAGUCAGAACCAUGUGAGAGCUGAUUCAGAGAAGUGGAGUAGCACACAGAGGAGCUGUCCCAGCAAGCCUUGUCCCUCUCGGGAUGGAGCAGAAGAGGUCCCAGCUGUGGGCCAUGCAGGCUGACAACUUGUCUGUGGUACUGCUCUCAGUGGCUUGGCUGCUGCUAGCUCGUGGAACCACAGGUAUGCCUCAGUUCAGCACUUUCCACUCUGAGAACCGUGACUGGACUUUCAACCAUUUGACUGUACACAGAAGAACAGGGGCUGUGUAUGUGGGGGCCAUCAACCGUGUCUACAAGUUGACAGGCAACCUCACAAUCCAGGUGGCUCACAAGACAGGGCCAGAAGAGGACAACAAGGCCUGCUACCCACCCCUUAUUGUUCAGCCCUGCAGUGAGGUGCUCACACUCACCAACAAUGUCAACAAACUACUGAUCAUUGACUACUCUGAGAAUCGCCUGCUUGCCUGUGGCAGCCUCUACCAGGGCGUUUGCAAGCUCCUGCGGCUUGAUGAUCUCUUCAUCCUGGUGGAGCCAUCACACAAGAAGGAGCACUAUUUGUCCAGCGUUAAUAAGACGGGCACCAUGUAUGGUGUGAUUGUGCGCUCUGAGGGGGAAGAUGGCAAACUUUUUAUCGGCACUGCUGUGGAUGGCAAGCAGGAUUACUUCCCUACCUUGUCCAGCCGCAAGCUACCCCGUGAUCCUGAGUCUUCAGCCAUGCUAGACUAUGAGCUUCACAGUGAUUUUGUCUCCUCCCUCAUCAAGAUCCCCUCGGACACCCUAGCCCUGGUCUCCCACUUUGACAUCUUCUACAUCUAUGGCUUUGCCAGUGGCGGUUUUGUCUACUUUCUCACUGUCCAGCCAGAGACCCCUGAGGGUGUGGCCAUCAACUCAGCUGGAGACCUCUUUUAUACCUCAAGAAUCGUUCGUCUCUGCAAGGAUGACCCCAAGUUCCACUCCUAUGUGUCCCUGCCCUUUGGCUGCACACGUGCUGGGGUAGAAUACCGCCUCCUGCAGGCAGCUUACCUUGCAAAGCCUGGGGAAGCUCUAGCUCAGGCCUUCAACAUCAGCAGCGAUGAAGAUGUGCUAUUUGCUAUCUUCUCCAAGGGGCAGAAGCAGUACCACCACCCACCCGAUGACUCUGCCCUCUGUGCCUUCCCCAUCCGGGCCAUCAACUUGCAGAUCAAGGAGCGGUUGCAGUCCUGUUACCAUGGAGAGGGCAACUUGGAGCUCAACUGGCUGCUAGGAAAGGAUGUGCAGUGUACCAAGGCGCCGGUCCCCAUUGAUGAUAACUUCUGUGGCCUGGACAUCAACCAACCUCUGGGAGGCUCCACUCCAGUAGAGGGACUGACCUUGUACACCACCAGCAGGGACCGCCUGACCUCUGUGGCCUCCUAUGUUUACAAUGGCUACAGUGUGGUUUUUGUGGGGACUAAGAGUGGCAAGCUGAAGAAGAUUCGAGCUGAUGGUCCCCCUCAUGGCGGGGUCCAGUAUGAGAUGGUCUCUGUGUUCAAAGAUGGGAGCCCCAUCCCGGACAUGGCCUUCUCUAUCAAUCAGCUCUACCUGUAUGUCAUGUCUGAGAGACAGGUCACCCGGGUCCCUGUUGAAUCAUGUGAACAGUACACAACUUGUGGAGAGUGUCUAAGCUCAGGGGAUCCUCACUGUGGCUGGUGUGCCCUGCACAACAUGUGCUCCCGAAGGGACAAAUGCCAACGGGCCUGGGAAGCAAAUCGGUUCGCUGCCAGUAUCAGCCAGUGCAUGAGCCUUGAGGUGCACCCCAGCAGCAUCUCUGUGUCAGAUCACAGCCGGCUGCUCAGCUUGGUUGUGAAUGAUGCCCCCAACCUCUCUGAGGGUAUCGCCUGUGCCUUUGGGAACUUGACUGAGGUGGAGGGACAGGUGUCUGGGAGCCAAGUCAUCUGCAUCUCACCUGGGCCCAAGGAUGUCCCUGUUAUCCCUCUGGAUCAAGACUGGUUUGGCCUAGAGCUGCAGCUGCGAUCCAAGGAGACAGGAAAGAUCUUUGUCAGCACCGAGUUCAAGUUCUAUAACUGCAGUGCCCACCAACUGUGCCUGUCCUGUGUCAACAGCGCCUUCCGCUGCCAUUGGUGCAAGUACCGAAACCUCUGCACACAUGACCCCACCACCUGUUCCUUCCAGGAAGGCAGGAUCAAUGUUUCAGAGGACUGUCCCCAGCUUGUGCCCACAGAGGAGAUUCUGAUCCCAGUUGGAGAAGUGAAACCAAUCACCCUCAAGGCCCGGAACCUUCCCCAGCCCCAGUCUGGCCAGCGGGGCUAUGAGUGUGUGCUCAACAUCCAAGGGGCUGUACACCGAGUCCCUGCCCUGCGCUUCAACAGUUCCAGUGUGCAGUGCCAAAACAGCUCGUACCAGUAUGAUGGGAUGGACAUCAGCAAUUUAGCAGUGGAUUUCGCUGUGGUGUGGAAUGGCAACUUCAUCAUUGACAACCCUCAGGACCUGAAAGUACAUCUCUACAAGUGUGCAGCCCAGCGGGAAAGCUGUGGCCUCUGCCUCAAGGCUGACCACAAGUUCGAGUGUGGCUGGUGCAGUGAUGAGCGCAGAUGUACCCUCCACCAACACUGCCCCAGCACUUCUAGCCCCUGGCUCGACUGGUCCAGCCAAAAUGUCAAAUGCUCCAAUCCCCAAAUCACAGAGAUUUUGACAGUAUCAGGACCACCUGAAGGAGGGACUCGUGUGACCAUCCAUGGAGUGAACCUGGGCUUGGACUUCUCUGAGAUCGCUCACCAUGUGCAGGUGGCUGGAGUGCCCUGCACACCCCUUCCAGGGGAAUACAUCAUCGCUGAGCAGAUCGUCUGUGAGAUGGGUCGUGCCCCUAUGGGCACUACAUCUGGGCCUGUACGCCUGUGCAUUGGGGAAUGCAAUGAAGAGUUCAUGACAAAUUCCCACCAGCAAUAUACUUUUGUGAACCCUUCUGUGCUGUCACUCAGCCCCAUCCGGGGACCAGAGUCAGGAGGUACCAUGGUGACCAUCACAGGCCAUUACCUUGGUGCUGGAAGCAGUGUGGCAGUGUACCUGGGCAAUCAGACCUGCGAGUUCUAUGGGAGGUCAAUGAAUGAGAUUGUAUGUGUUUCACCACCAUCAUCCAAUGGACUGGGACCAGUCCCUGUCUCUGUAAGUGUCGACAGAGCCCGGAUAGAUAGCAGUCUGCAGUUUGAGUACAUAGAUGACCCUCGGGUCCAACGCAUUGAGCCAGAGUGGAGCAUCACUAGUGGCCACACACCCCUAACUAUCACAGGCUUCAACUUGGAUGUCAUUCAGGAGCCAAGGAUCCGAGUCAAGUUUAAUGGCAAAGAAUCUGUCAAUGUGUGUACAGUGGUAAACACAACUACCCUCACCUGUCUGGCGCCCUCUCUGACCAGUGACUACCGUCCAGGCCUGGACACCGUGGAACGGCCAGAUGAGUUUGGAUUUCUCUUUAACAAUGUCCAAUCCUUACUCAUCUAUAAUGACACCAAGUUCAUCUACUACCCUAACCCAACUUUUGAACUGCUCAGCCCCACUGGAAUCUUGGAUCAGAAGCCAGGCUCACCCAUCAUCCUGAAGGGCAAAAAUCUCUGUCCUCCUGCCUCUGGAGGGGCCAAACUCAACUACACAGUAAUGAUUGGAGAGACACCUUGUGCGGUCACCGUGUCUGAGACGCAGCUGCUCUGUGAACCUCCCAACCUCACUGGGCAACACAAGGUUAUGGUUCACGUGGGCGGGAUGGUGUUCUCACCUGGCUCGGUGAGUGUCAUCUCCGACAGCUUGCUGACCUUGCCAGCCAUCAUCAGCAUAGCAGCUGGUGGAAGCCUCCUCCUUAUCAUCGUCAUCAUUGUCCUCAUCGCUUACAAGCGCAAGUCUAGGGAAAAUGACCUCACACUCAAGCGGCUCCAAAUGCAGAUGGACAACCUGGAGUCCAGGGUGGCACUGGAGUGCAAGGAAGCUUUUGCAGAGCUUCAGACGGACAUCAAUGAGCUAACCAGUGACCUGGACCGAUCAGGAAUCCCUUACCUGGACUACCGCACCUACGCCAUGAGAGUUCUGUUCCCAGGCAUCGAAGACCACCCUGUUCUGAGGGAGCUAGAGGUACAGGGAAAUGGACAGCAGCAUGUGGAGAAAGCCUUGAAACUCUUCGCCCAGCUUAUCAACAACAAGGUGUUCCUGCUGACCUUCAUCCGCACACUGGAACUGCAGCGCAGCUUCUCCAUGCGUGAUCGUGGCAAUGUGGCCUCUCUCAUCAUGACAGGCCUUCAGGGCCGCCUGGAGUAUGCCACAGAUGUCCUCAAGCAGCUACUGUCUGACCUCAUCGACAAGAACCUGGAGAACAAGAACCAUCCCAAGCUGCUUCUUCGCAGGACUGAGUCUGUGGCCGAGAAGAUGCUGACCAACUGGUUUGCUUUCCUUCUACACAAAUUCCUGAAGGAGUGUGCUGGGGAGCCGCUCUUCAUGCUAUACUGUGCAAUCAAGCAGCAGAUGGAGAAAGGCCCCAUCGAUGCUAUCACUGGUGAGGCCCGCUACUCCCUGAGUGAAGACAAACUCAUCCGGCAGCAGAUCGAAUACAAGACCCUGAUCCUGAACUGUGUCAACCCUGACAAUGAGAACAGCCCAGAGAUACCAGUGAAGGUGUUAAACUGUGACACCAUCACUCAAGUCAAGGAGAAGAUCCUCGAUGCAGUAUAUAAGAACGUUCCCUACUCCCAGCGGCCAAGGGCUGUGGACAUGGACCUGGAGUGGCGCCAAGGUCGGAUUGCCAGAGUGGUGUUGCAAGACGAAGACAUUACCACCAAGAUAGAGGGUGACUGGAAGAGGCUUAACACGCUGAUGCAUUACCAGGUGUCAGACAGGUCAGUGGUUGCUCUGGUACCCAAGCAGACCUCCUCCUACAACAUCCCUGCUUCUGCCAGCAUCUCCCGGACAUCCAUUAGCAGAUAUGACUCUUCCUUCAGGUACACAGGAAGCCCAGACAGCCUCCGGUCUCGGGUCCCCAUGAUCACCCCAGACCUGGAGAGUGGUGUCAAAGUGUGGCAUCUGGUGAAGAACCAUGACCAUGGUGACCAGAAAGAGGGCGACCGGGGCAGCAAAAUGGUAUCUGAGAUCUACUUGACCCGGCUUCUAGCCACCAAGGGCACUCUGCAGAAAUUUGUGGACGACUUGUUUGAGACCUUGUUCAGCACUGUGCACCGGGGUAGCGCUCUCCCCCUAGCCAUCAAGUACAUGUUUGAUUUCCUGGAUGAGCAGGCAGACAGACACAGUAUCCACGACACAGAUGUGCGGCACACCUGGAAAAGCAACUGCCUCCCUCUGCGAUUCUGGGUGAAUGUCAUCAAGAACCCUCAGUUUGUAUUUGACAUCCACAAGGGCAGCAUCACAGAUGCCUGCCUCUCUGUGGUAGCCCAGACCUUCAUGGAUUCCUGUUCCACAUCAGAGCACCGUCUGGGCAAAGACUCACCUUCCAAUAAGUUGCUCUAUGCCAAGGAUAUCCCCAGUUACAAGAACUGGGUAGAAAGAUACUAUGCAGAUAUUGCCAAGCUUCCAGCCAUUAGUGACCAAGAUAUGAAUGCCUACCUCGCGGAGCAGUCCCGCCUGCAUGCCACAGAGUUCAAUAUGCUGAGUGCCCUCAACGAGAUCUACUCCUAUGUCAGCAAGUAUAGUGAGGAGCUCAUCGGGGCACUAGAGCAGGAUGAGCAGGCCCGGCGGCAACGACUGGCCUACAAGGUGGAGCAUCUCAUCAAUGCCAUGUCCAUCGAGAGCUGAAAGGAGGACCUCCUGUUCCUGGAAGAGGGACCCAGACAAGCUAUCACACUGGUGUUUCAAAAUGAAGGAUGGGACAAGAGAAGGGUAUCAAGCCCCAGGGCUGGCUGCCCACUGAAACCUCAUGAGGGGAGAGGGAAAGGCUCCUCUCUCAAUGCCAGCCAUGUUUUGUCACAGCCAGUUCCUGCCAGAAGGACAGUGAACACCACCCAAUCAUAGUGUGAGCUCAGGACACCACGGGCAAGGAGGAGGAGGCCCUUCAAGCUGAGAGGCUUGAACCUGAUGGUUCUGCCUCCAUGACUGCUGCUUUGCAUGAAAACUCACUUGAUGUAUAUUGGGAAAUAAUGAGAACUUUAUUUAAUUUUUUAAGAAAAAGGGAAAAAACAGAAAUAAAACAAAACAUAAAGCCUCCCUGUCCAACCCGUCCAACUUUUGUUUAAUCUGAUUUCUGCCCCCUUCUCAGUAACAUCUCUCCUUCCUUCUGUAACAUCUCUUUCUCAAUGUCAGAAAAUGCCUGAGAGAUGCUGAGAAAAACCAGUAUGGAAAUGUCCUCCUCUCCUUUGAACUAAAAGGAAAAGGAGGAGAGGGAAGAAGGACCACAAGCUCGUACUGAACAUUUGGCCAACAGGCUAGGAAGGCCUAGAUCCCACCACAGCCAGAAGAGCCUAGGAACUGCUGACCUUUGUGGGAAUCGUGAAAGCUCAUCAACUCCACUUUAAUAGGCAGCCACUUUCCAUGCUGCACCCUUGUGUAUCCUCACCUCCUGAGAGGAGGAAUGGACCCACUGAGGACCCGUAACUGUGGGCACAUCUUUUGUUUGUUUCAUUUAAUCCCAAACCUCAACAAAUGAGGAGUUGGUCUCUGGUACUUUUCAUUUUUGGUUUCCCUAGAGUUGAUAUCAGAAAUGGGAGAGGUGAGCCUCUCCCAGACCAGCCACCUCCUCCCUGAGAACUCUGAGCAGAGUCCCGUGUCAGCCUCUGUCAUAAGCCAGUCACACAGGGGCUGUACAAACCAGGCCUUCUAGGUCUGGUUUGAAUGGGGAACAUAGGUGUUUGACUUUGGAUUUCACCCAACCACCCACCAGUUUACGGCAAUUAAAAAGAAAAUAAACUCAAAUACUGUUUACAGUAAGCAAUACUUGAAGAGUAUAGGUUUAAGAUGCAGCAGUAUUUAUUAUUAUACUUUCUUUUCUCUUGUGCCUGGAGCGGGGAGGCCAACCUUCACUCAUAUCCAGAAGCUCCUGACCAUCUGAGCACAGUGCAUUUGCCUGAGUAGAAAUGACUGGUGUCCCAUCAUCUCUGCCAUCUCUGUCUGUCAUGGAUCCAUGGAUUUGAAAGUGGAUAGCUUCCUUAGAGGGCACCUGUCCGUCCCUCUGUCUCCUGAUACUGAAUGCCAUAGAUGGCCAGAUUUCCUGAGUAUAUCUUCCAAGCAGAGGCCAAGGCUCCAUUCUUGGGUCCAGAGGCAAGCUCUGUGGUAGCGGGACAAGAAAUUCAGCUGGUAAGCCCUCAGGGAAUUCAGUCCUCCUGCCUGGGUAUGUCCCCAAGCAGCCAACUCCAACAGCUUUGCAAGCAGCAUCUGUCUCAAGGUAGAAGGACAAGAGGAAGGCAAAGGUUGGCACAGGAAAAGGCCGAAGAGAUCUCCCAUUCUUGCCUUGUGCUUUUCAAGAGGUCAGGAAUGCCAGGCUGUAGGGCUGGGAAAUAAGACCAGCUACCCUGAGAGAGACCAGACCUGGGUUAUUUCUUUCACAAUUAACCCGGGCCUCAACUUAUACCUCCAGUUAAUUCCAGUUUCUGAGACUCUACUGACCAGAUGUGACUCCCAGCACAGUCAGGAAAGGAAGUCAAGAAGGUGGCUUCCAGUCUAUGUACAUGUCUUCAGAUGGCUGUUUCACACACAGCAGAUGCUGUCAGGGCUGUUCAGCUUGUAUCUUCCCUGAAUGCAGCUGACAAUGGAGAGAGAAAAGUGUUCAGCAAAAUACUCAGGAAACUUGCUGAUUUUAUGAUGAUUCACAACCAGCCAUGCCAAGGCCACUUUUCUUCUGAUAAUCUACUCAUGUUAAAGUUUUUCAGGGUCAUAUUAAUAGCCUGGAAAAAAUACUAGUGACUGGCCUUCCACACUAAGCCAAAGUGUUUGCUCUUCACAGCACCCAAAGCUUAUCAUCUUAGAGCCUGUAAUUUAUGAGAAUGAAGGAAGUGAUGUAGUCAAAACAAGAAUAUGAACAGAAGACUGCACUACCCAGGACAAACUCCAGCCCACCUAUUUUCCAUUCCAGUUCAGUUAAAGGCUUUCUGAGCAGCUGCUACCAUUCAGGCUGAUGUCCAGAGUGCCAUUUCAUCAAGAAGCAAAAAAGCAAAAUGUUUGACAUCUUUCAAUAGCACCCAAACCUUCCCUAGUGUGCCUACCUGUCUCCCACAGCAGCCACUGAUGGUAUCCACUCACUGCCUCUGGCAUGCUUCACUGAAGAUGUUUGGAGAGUAUGGAGAGAAUGAUGGGAGAGAGCAACUCAAGGAGUGUAGCUGAAGGGAGCAGGGCCAGCACGAAGGGUGGUCUAGCCACUUACUAAGGGUCCCACGAGUUGGACAACUUGGGCUGAAAAGAGAAGUGGUCAAGGGGCAUGGUUAAGAAUUAAGAAGGAAAAUUCAGCGGGAGACAGGACAGGCCAGAAUGGUGAGUGAUUGCAGAGUCUUGUUUUCAUUCUAGCUUUCUACCUAUCCUUCCACUAGCUCUUUGUUUUUAUUAAUUAAUAGAGUCUGUUCCCUAGGGAAUGGAGAUGAGAGGAGGUUGAUUGGUCACUCUUCUUGCUAUUAUCCAACUUGAGGAUAUUUUGACCUUUUGUUUAAAAAGAAAAAAAAAGUAUUAAAGCUAUAGCCCUUCCCCACAAGAAGCCAUUUAUCUUUGGCA